GGCCCCGCCCACUGGCAGAGUUAGUCGACUCUCGAGCGCUGCAGCCGCUGUGAUUGGCAUCACCCUGAGAGACGGUACCCGGGCACCGCACACCCCGGGGAUAGGCGAUCUUAUGAAGAAUGUUUUCAUCGGUGACGGAAUUUGGGAACCAGCAGUUUUACACCCUGAAGAAAGAAUGCCAGAGGAAGAAGGAACUUUUUGAAGACCCUCUAUUCCCGGCCAACAACGAUUCCCUGUUCUACAAGACUCAGCGAGUACAAGGAGUGGAAUGGAAGAGGCCAAAAGAGUUCUGCUCCGACCCUCAUCUUUUUGUGGACGGCAUCAGCGCCCACGACUUACACCAGGGUCAGGUGGGGAACUGCUGGUUCGUGGCUGCCUGUUCCUCUCUCGCCUCUCGGGAGUCCCUGUGGCAAAAGGUCAUCCCCAACUGGAAGGAGCAGGAAUGGAACGCAGAGAAGCCGGAGAACUAUGCCGGGAUCUUUCAUUUCCAUUUCUGGCGUUUUGGGGAGUGGAUGGACGUGGUGAUCGAUGACCGGUUGCCGACCAUCCAUAACAAGCUGAUCUACUGUCACUCCAAUGAUCUCAACGAGCUGUGGUGCGCCCUCUUGGAGAAAGCUUAUGCCAAAUUAAUUGGAUGCUAUGAGGCCCUUGAUGGGGGAAACACGGCCGACGCCCUGGUGGAUUUUACCGGUGGGGUGUCAGAACCCGUCGAGCUCUCGGAAGAAGAUUACAUCAAUGACGCCAACAAAAGAAAUGAUCUUUUUGAGAGAGUCCUGAAGGUUCAUAACCGAGGAGGACUGAUUAGCUCCUCCAUCAAGGCAAUAUCAGCUGCUGACAUGGAAGCCCGGUUGGCUUGUGGUCUGGUAAAGGGCCACGCCUAUGCUGUCACAGACGUUCGCAAGGUGCGACUGGGUCAUGGAUUGCUUGCGUUCUUUAAGUCUGAAAAGCUAGAUAUGAUCAGGAUGCGCAAUCCAUGGGGAGAGCGAGAAUGGAAUGGACCCUGGAGUGACAGUUCUGAGGAAUGGCAGAAAGUAAGCAAAAGUGAAAGGGAGAAGCUGGGCGUAACGGUGCAGGAUGAUGGAGAAUUUUGGAUGACUUUUGAAGAUUUUUGCAAGUAUUUCACAGACAUCAUUAUGUGCCGACUUAUAAACACCUCCCAUUUGAGCAUUCACAAGACGUGGGAAGAGGUGGUAUUGCGGGGGGCUUGGAUAAAGCAUGAUGAUCCAUUUCAGAAUCGGUCAGGUGGCUGCCUUAAUAACAAGACCACCUAUCUCCAAAACCCACAGUUUGUGUUUGAUGUGAGGAAACCAGAAGAUGAGAUUCUAAUUUGCCUUCAGCAGAAAACCAAACGGACGACCAGGAAGGAGGGGAAAGCGGAGAAUCUGGCCAUAGGAUUCGAAGUUCACCGGGUGGAGCUGAACCGCAAAUAUCGGAUGCACACGUUGCAGCCCAAAGUGGCGAGCUCCAUCUACAUCAACUCUCGCAGCGUUUUUCUCAAGACGGCGUUGAAGGAGGGCCGAUAUGUCAUCAUUCCAAGUACCUUUGAAUCUGGUUUAACCGGAGAUUUCCUUCUCAGAGUGUUCAGUGAUGUGCCUUCAAAUUGCUGUGAGCUGACUGUGGAUGAGCCUCGGAAGACCUGCUGGUCCGGGAUGUGUGGGUUCCCUCAGGUGGUCUCUCAGGUACAUGUGGUCAGCGCUGCAGGACUUAAGCAGCAGGACUCUGAAGGAGGCGCUGACCCGUAUGUCAUCAUUAGCUGUGAAGGGAGUAAAGUCCAGUCACCGGUGGUAAAGGACACGCUCACCCCUCAAUUCGACGUCAAGGGCUUGUUCUACCGAAAGAAGCCGGGCCAGCCGAUCAUCAUCCAGGUUUGGAACCACAAUGUGAUUAAAGAUGAAUUCAUGGGUCAGGUGGUCCUGACGGGUGAGGCCAACAAUCAGCAGACCCAGCACAGCGUGCCGCUCCAGGACAAGGGGAACAAGAGCAACCCGCAGGUGUCCGGCUCCCUCCAGCUGGUUCUGUUCUCCAGCAACAGCCUGACCGGCAUCUAAGCGUCUACCGCCAUAUCUACCAGAACAGCGACCAAACAGGCGGGCGUCUCGACGGCCCGCCACCCAUUGUGGCCUGUAUUUACUAUCCGCAUCUAUUCCAGCGCGGUGGCAGAUUGUGCCGCGCGCUGCAUGCAGCAUGUGACACAGUGUGAGUUUUAUAGCCAAAAAUAAGAUGACGACAGGGACCGUCCAGGAGUGGCGGCAUUAGGAAUAGAAUUCCAGUGUCAUUUCACUGUGUCCUACGUUUCAUACAUACUUAUAUACAUAUAUUCUAGUAUGAUAAGCGGCGCCAUUCCAGGCUGUUUAUAGACAUUGAUAUUCUCAUAUAGCCAAAACGGGGGACAGAUGUGCCAUGGUUCUGUAAAGACGCCCCGCGGGGUGUGUGGCCUCCGAUGGUCAUGUGACUGAAGGAAAGGAUCGUCCGGCUUAUAGAUACCAGUAUAGGAAAGAGCUGAAGAUCCGAUUCAUUUGCUGCAGCCAUGUGUCCGCAAGGGGAGUUUCUGGUUCCACAUAAGUAUCGUUUUCUCAAUAUCUCUGAUUGCUGUCAGUGAAUAGGAAUGUUCUUUUCUACAUUCGGAGGCUGAAAACCAGUGCAUAGCUAAUGCACCUCUCAGCUGAGGGUUUGCUACAGUUGCGCCCAGCCUAGACAGUCCUCUGCCAGUCUGUAUUUUUUUUUUAACCUGUACUGAUACAUUGUUACAAAAGAUGCGUUUAACUCACGGAGGAUUGUCUCAACCGGAUGCAAUGGUAACAAACCCUCAGCUGUGCAAAGUAUUGGGUCUAUUCAGGUUAUUUUAAGAAAUAAUUUAUUAUUCACUGACUACAAGCAGAGAUCUUGAAAAUGGCAAGGAAUUAAUUCACAAAGGAGAGAGUUUAUUAAGAUUAUGACCGCUGGAAUCCGAAAACGCCCUUCAGACAUGGCCGAUCCCUUCCAGGCGUCUCUUCUUUUUUUUCCAGACUCGAAUGUGGGGGGAGGAGCAUCCGUGAAUGUCAGUUAUAUAAUGAACCCCUAUCAGUAUAUAUGAAAGGAGCGUGUCUCUGCGCGUACACCAGACCUUCUAUAAGUCAAUAAUCGUCUGAAUCUGGCUGUCAUUGGCCCGAGGUGACAACCGUGCGUUCAAAUGGUAGCCAUGUUACCGUUCUCAGCCAACCAGAGCUCAGCUUGUAUAUCAGGUAAAAAAUUAAAGCUGAGCUCUGAUUGGUUGCCAUGGGCAACAUGUCCUCUGUUACUCUGAGGCAGGUCUGUCUGGUAUGUGUAGGCCUCAGUUACCGGCAAAGGCGUUUCCAUGGCAACUGGGCAGUAAAUGAUUUACUCUGUGUGCCUCUUGAGGACAAUGAAGCCAUAACAGGCCACGUCUGUGGGGUCAUUCCGUACACAGUGUCCUACAUGUCAAAUUACUUUCUUUUUUACUGUUUUUUAAUUAUUGGUUAAUAUUUUUGAAAUCUUGUUGGGGGGGGGGGG